AUUAUCAAUUCAGUGGUAUUGCUGAUUCUGCUGAGCGCCCUGACCGAUCCUGACCAGUACCACCUAACCAGUGCUGAGUUAGGGGGUGAAUUUGAAUUUAUGGAUGAUGCCAAUAUGUGCAUUGCCACAGCAAUAUCUCUUCUUAUGAUUCUGAUCUGUGCAAUGGCUACGUACGGCGCAUAUAAGCAACAUGCAGCUUGGAUCAUCCCUUUCUUCUGUUACCAGAUCUUUGACUUUGCUCUCAACACGUUGGUUGCCAUCAGUGUACUCGUCUAUCCCAGCACAAUCCAGGACUACCUCCGCCAGCUGGUAAAUCACUUGAUGUUCACAAGCCUUUGGGGCUUUGUGGGGGAAAACACUGUGCAAGGUGCACUGUUUGUCCUGUAUUUCUAG